CCCCAAUAGCCCGACACGGCAGCAGCAGCAGGAGACGCAGCGGCUGCUUGCGCGACCGUCUUCCCACCACUUCCUCGCCAUGUCCAUGCGGCGCUCACAUCGGCUGAAGGCGGUGCCGCCGCCGCCACCGACGGCCAGCCCAUAACGUCGCGAUGGACAAGAAAGGCCACGCGUUGGCCGUCACGGCCUUCGCACUGGACGCCGAGGGGAACCUGAUGGAGGACGCCCCCAGGCCGCCGGUGCCCGGCAAGGAAGACCGCCCCCGCGCCGGCUGCCGCAUCGCCGCCUCCAAACCCUCGGCGGGCAGCGGAGCGUCCGCGGCCGCCGUCGAGCGCGCCGCCGCCGCGGGUGCCAAGUGGUGCACGCCCCGGCGGCACGACUACGACCUGGGCUUCGAGCCCGAGGGCAGCGCCAGCGCCGCGGCGCCGUACGCCCGCUGCGGCGAGACGCUGCCGGCACUGCUGGGCGACCCGGACGGGGCGCACCUCCUGCGCGCGUUUCUGCGCGAGCGCGGCCUCGUCGACCUUGUCGACUUCUGGUUCGCGUGCAAGGGCCUGCGCAAGCAGCCGCGCGCCCGCACCGCCCGCGCCGCCCGCGCCAUUUACAAGCGCUACGUGGCGGACGUGGGCGGCGUGGUGGCGUCCCGCCUCAAGCCGUCGACGCGCUCCGCUGUGCGGGAGGCCGUGCUGGCGCAAGCGGCGGGUGGCGCCGGCGGUGGCGAUUGCGGAGCAGGCGGGGGGGAGGGAGCGUUUGACCGGGCGCAGGGCGAGGUGCAGCGCUGCCUGGAGGAAGCGGCGUACCCGGCGUUCCUGCGCUCGGACGCGUACCUGCGCCACGCGCUUGCGGAGAGCGCCGGCGGCAAGGAUCACGGGAAGGUGGUGGUGCUGGUCCGGCCGCCAGACGAUGCUGCGCAGGAGGAGCAGCAGCAGCAGCAGCAGGAGGAGGAGGAGGCAGCGCCGGUUGGGACAGAGUGGACGGAACGUGGUUUUGGUGGGCUGGUGCAGUCGGAGCCACUGUCCGUGGCGACGUCGUGCCGGUACGACCCGGCAAACAGCGUCAACGACAGCGAGUGCGCCGCGUCGAGCGGCGGCACCGCCACGGAUGACGGCGCCUCCGUGGCCGAUAGCGCCAGCGUCCGGUACGGAGCGCCGGACUUUAGCCACAGGGCACCGCCACACGCUGAGAGGACGCGACCGGCUUCUGGCGGUGCAGGGGAGCCGCUCCACCCACCGUGGGCGGUGCGAGUGCCGCGGGUGGCCAGACACUCGGAGCCGGCAGUGUUUGCGGCAGAGCUGAUCCGGCGCCUGAACUCGGUGCAGAUGGAGCGGCACUGUCAGCACCAGCCGCUGCUGUACAGCCAGAAACAGCAGCAGCAUCAGGAGGAGGAGGAGGAGCGGCAAGAGGAGGAGGAGAAGGAGGAGACGGUGACGAUGGCGACACUGGGACUGUCGGGCGCGUCCGUGCUGCCGGCGCUGCACCCGUUUGCGCUGCUGCUGCGUGCCGGCGCCGAUGCCGACGACGACCCCGAGCGAAUCCUGGACCAGCACGUGUCGCGAGUCCUGCGCACCCCCGUGGUGUGCCGCUCGCCCACCAGCCGCCCCCACCAGCACGGCCACCAGCACGGCCACCAGCACCACCACCAGCACCACCACCACGCGGCCCAAGCCGCGGCGGUGAGCGGGCGGGCGCUACCAGUGGACAGGAGCCAGCACGGGGCGACGGCCGUUCCCUUCAGGAAGGCCAUCCCGGCGGAGGAGGUGGACAGGGCGAGGCAGAUCUGGCAGUGGCUGGUGGAGGGAGAGAGGGAUGGGCUCGGGCACGUGCACAGCGAGCUGGUGGUGGAACGUCCCUGGGGCCCUCCUCCCAGGCGCCGGGUGGUGCAGCCCAACCACCCGUUCCUGCAGGACCCGUCCAUGCCACCCCCGCCGCCCCCCAACACCACCGUGCAGCUGGAGGAGGCCAAGCGGCGCCUGGAGGAGGAGCAGCUGGUGCCCUUGAGCCGGAGCGCCCAGCCCGGCAAGCACAAGUACGUCCAGGAGGUGAUUGAGAGGGGCCGCUGUCUUGCCAGGGGCGUUGCCGCGCCCAUCACGAGCGCCGUUUCCACCGUCCCGGACGCACACCCUGCGGAGUACGGUCGGCGAACGGGACGGCGCCUGGGAGCUCGUGGCCCCGCCGGGGGGGAGGAGGAGGAGGAGGGGGAGGGGGGGCCAGCGGGGGGCGGUGGGGGCGGCGGGGGCGGCGUGGUGGUGGCGUACUACUUCUGCGGGGAGCCCAUCCCGUACCGUUCCAGGGUGAGGGGGGGUUCCCUCACCCUCGCCCACUUCAAGGAGCUGCUCACCAAGAAGGGCAACUACAGGUUCUACUUCAAGAAGGCGAGCGAGGAGUUUGAGUGCGGGGUCGUGUUCGAGGAGGUUCGCGACGACAAGGCCCCGCUGCCCCUCUACCAGGGCAAGGUCGUGGGCAAGGUGGAGAAGGUGGAGGGAGGAAGUCCCCCCCUCAGGUCCUGAGGUCGCCCACCCCGAGGUCACCCACCCCAUUGUCACCCACCCUCACGGUCUCCUGCAGAGGAGCCCUUCGCCCGCUGGCGUGGAGCGUGGUGGAGGGGCGGACGGUCGUCGUGCCGGGGAUGCGCGAGGGUCGAGCGGGCCUCGGAGUCGACCUCCAAUGAGCCGCGGCUGGCCACGUACGGUGCGAACGAAGUCCGACGUAUGGACGUGCGUACGCUGGAACGCUCGGCUGGAGACGGAAGAGGAAGCUCGCUCGAGCGACGGCGUGUCACGGACGCGCCGCGCGUGCGCUGGGGAGAGUUCUGCUUUGGUGAAGGAUGCCGUGGCGUGCCGUACAAUGCCACUUGGUGUGUGUGUGUAUGGUGUGUGGGGGCGCCGGGGCAUGGUGCUGGUCACCCACCCCCUCGUGUGCCGUGCUGGCCUUCGUAGGUGCUGCUGCUACUCGCUAACGGCGCUUGCCCCGACGGUCUGUUGAGGCUAUACGGGGGGAUCUUUGUCUUUGUUGUGUGGGGUGGGGGGGGUGUGUGGAUAGGGUCACAGAGAACUAUGGGUAGAAGAUGCACGCAGCUUUGGGAUCGUGGUGCGAUGCGGUGUGGUGCUGUAUACAAGGUAACGGUGAUGUGGCACGGUGUGAUGCGGUGUGGUGGUGUAAGAUACACUGGAGUAUGACGGGUGUUCACAUUGUUUUGAGGCAGCGAUACGGUCGAGCAAAUUUGGCCGGACUUAAAUUUGUUAACGUUUAGUUUAAAAUACCUUUGAUUUUUCUCGUUUGUCAACAUUUACAUCGGCGCCACGGUGGCGAGAUGUCACUUACUUUUCCCGGUACACAGGAGGUCGUGGGUUUGAUCCCGACCCUGACGGCUGCUGCAUAUGUGGAGUCUGCAUGUCUCUCCCGUGGUCACAGGUGUGAGCCACUAACCUCCUGUGACCAGGCCGAGACCCAUCGACUCGCCGCACAUGAGAGCGGUUUCAGGUCAGAGUUGAAGGCCACGCUCGGCUACUUUAGAAUAACCCUUUCUUAAGCCGUGCGCUCGGGGGGACAAGUGCACGGACGUUAACCUCCCCCUUGGCUAAUAAACUAAUAAUUCUAGAUUUGAAGCUUUCGUGACUGCAAGGAUUCAUAUUCUUAGGUUUUUUCGGUAAAGUCACGUAGGUAAAAAAUUUAUAAAAG